AUGGAAUACUUGAAUAGAGUGUUGUUGGAUGUUCGCAAUAACCGCACCUUUAAAUUCCACCCUAAAUGUGCUAAGUUACUGAUUACUAACCUUUGUUUCGCAAAUGAUAUUUUGCUGUUUGCUAAGGGGGAUACAGAUUCGGUCAGGAUUCUGAUGAGUAAGAUUAAAGCCUUCUCAACAGCCACGGGCCUGACCAUUAGUAUCCCAAAGAGCAAAGUGUAUUGUGGGGGAGUGGAUGAAACCAUAUGUAAGAACAUCUUGGAGGCUACUGGUUUUGGUCGCGGAUCCUUGCCAUUUAAAUACCUUGGGGUACCCCUGGAUAGUAAAAAGCUAACAAUUAAUAGCUGCAAACCACUCAUUGACAGAAUGCUGAGCAGAAUCAAUCAUUGGAGUGCCAAACUCUUAUCGUAUGCCGGCAGGAUGCUGCUUGUGAAAUCUGUCAUGUUUGCCAUCGCCAAUUACUGGAUGCAGGUUUUUCUCCUUCCCAAAAAGGUUCUCCAGCACAUUGAGAGCCUGUGCAAGCGGUUCUUAUGGACGAGCAAAGAGGAUAUGAGUAGAAAAGCUCCCAUUUCUUGGGACCAAGAAAGUGUUACUCACCUCUGUUUUGAAUGUGAUCAGACUAAAUAUGUUUGGACUCAUAUGUUUGAAUGGUUGGCGACUCAGAAAAAACCGUUGAAUGGAAGGGUCGACAUUGAUUGGUUUAUACAUAUGACAAAAGGCUAA